UGUGGGAUGACGUCAAAUUCAAGAUGGAUGGAAUCACGACCAGCACGCAGAAACCUACACAACACUGAAUAAAGUCCUGGCUUUGCGGAGGCAAGACGGUUUUCACGACGGGAUCGCCAUGGAGAGCCUUGUGAAUUACAGUAACCCCUCCCAUGCCCUCUCAGUUUUGGGUGUCCUUAAUGAGCAGCGGCUGCAGGGCCAAAUGUGUGAUGUGUUACUGGUUGUGGCGGACCAGAGGUACCAGGCCCAUAAGAGUGUUCUUGCUGCCAGCAGUGAGUAUUUCCAAUCUCUCUUCACACGGAUGGAUGCAGAGUCACUGAAAGUAGUAAACCUGGACUUCUGUGAGCCUGACGCCUUCGAGAUAGUUUUGAAUUACAUUUACUCCUCCUCGCUCUUCGUUGACAAAAGCAGCCUGGCAGCCAUUCAAGAGCUAGGCUACAGCCUUGGAAUCCCUUUUCUCACGAACAUCGUGUCAACCAGGCCACAUGCAUCCUACUGUGUCUCCAGAAAAAGGUUUUCAUUCUCAGAGGGGGAUGAGAACGAUGUCCAAACAAGAAGUGUCAUUGUAUGUCGGGUCCAGAAUGACAAAUCCCAUCACCCUCGCUCAGAUUAUCAGGGAAAACCAUCAGAUAGAUCAUCAUCUCCCCAUUCUGCUCAACAGUCAGCUCAGCUUCCAUCAGAACACAACUCGCACGAGUCGGUCAGACAUUCUGAAUCCAGCAGGAAGUCAUCCGAACAGAUCAAAGCUCCCGAGAGGAGAUUCAGUUAUCCAUAUACCUCCAUAUUUAAGGGGAAUUCAUCCCACAUCACAUCUGCCAGGCCCCAGCUGACAUCAUCAGUAUCUUUUAGUGAUGUUGAAGUCACGAACAUAAGGAUGCAGUCUGGAAAUGAUCACGAUGUCAAAGAGGAGAAGGAGGAGCCGCAGCACCACUAUUGUAAUAAAGUUCCCUUGCAGAGUCAACCCAGUGAGCUGAGCCAAACCAUCGACAGGAGCGGGCCACUGAUAAAAAGCCUCCUCCGUCGAUCAUUAUCUAUGGACAGCCCAGUUCCAGUCUUUUCACCCACGCUAGAGCUCAAGGAUAUGCAAAACCGAGAACAGUCGGUUGUCAAAAUGGCCUCAAAAGCACCUGGAUCCGAAACAUCUGCCCACAAUGGAAGUUCAACCAGAGCAUCCCCUCUGGUUCUUAGGCCAAAGUACCACAGCAGGUAUGAUAAGGAAACUCAGGUAGAAGGAGAUAUCAGUUUGAAAGCGGAGCCCAGCAGUCCACUCGCUGACCCCAUGGACAUUAUUCGGAUCACAGUUGGAGAUGCUUUGCCAGUGAGUCUGAAAGACCUGCAAACAGAUUACGAACAAGGCUUCAGGGGAGAUGUCAUCCCUCCAGGAAAACGAAAAGACAGGCCAGACAACAGGAGGUACCCGUUCAAGAAGAACAAAUCAUACAAAGAUCAUGCCCCUUCACUUGAUAUGGACAUGUCUGAGACGGUACCUCAACAUGUCAGCAAUGACCCCAGUGACAACAGUGGGGAGCCAUCUCAGAACAAGAUUUUCAAAUGCUGGAAUUGUUUAAAGGUGUUUCGAUCCAGCGCUGGGCUACACCGCCAUGUAAAUAUGUAUCACAACCCAGAAAAGCCGUAUGCCUGCGACAUCUGCCACAAGCGCUUCCACACCAACUUCAAAGUGUGGACUCACUGCCAAACUCAGCAUGGGGUAGUACAAAACCCAGCAUCAUCUUCCAGCUCUUCCAUGCUGGAUGAGAAAUUUCAAAAAAAGUUAAUAGAUAUUGUGCGUGAGAGGGAAAUAAAAAAAGCUUUGCUUUGGAAGCUGAAAAGAAACAAGCAGGGUUUACAGUCACCUUCAUUAAGCAAAAAGAGAUCACGACCAAGCUUCAUAUGUCCUUAUUGUGGUAAAGUGUUUGUGUUCCAGUCUCAAUAUAGGCAGCAUUUAAGGACACAUCCUGCUGAAAAGACAGAGCAGGCCACAGGGGGCGAGAGCAUCCUCUACCAGGAACAGGAUGAGCUCAUUCAACAAAAACACCCAGACACCGGUGUUUACUCCUGUCGGCUUUGUAACAUGAAGCUGUCGUCACUUUUGGAACAGGGUGACCAUGAGAGAGGCUGCCGACAUGCAACCGUCUGCCCUUACUGUGGCCUCCGAUUCUCCAGUCCAAUUGUCAAGAAGGACCACGAGGGACACUGCAAGUACAAGAAACUGACUUGCCUAGAAUGCAUGCGUACUUUCAAAUCUUCCUUCAGCAUAUGGCGCCACCAGGUGGAAGUUCACAACCACAACAUGAUGACUGUUAAAGAACAGAUUCAGCUGAAGCAACAAGAGAACAGUGAAAAGGGGCCUGAAGAGCUCGGACAGGAGAAUUACAGCGACGAGCUUGCAGUCUCUGGGAACUUUCGUGAAAACAUCAGCUACAGUGACUCCUCAGGCCCACACAUGUACGAUUCGGAAGACUCCUCAUCAUAUGUGCCUGAAGACCUGAGUAUGGGCCACCACGGUAAGCUUGUAGUGAAAGAGGAGCCGUUGGAGGAGCCAGUGAGCGAGAGGGACAACGCGGAGGCUGCCAAAGCGGGACCUGAGGACUCCGGGGUCUGGCCGUGUGAGAAAUGCGGCAGUCUCUUCAGCUCUCACAAAGACCUGGAACGGCAUCAGGAGCUGCUGUGCCACAUCAAGCCAUUCAUCUGUCAUAUCUGCAACAAGGCCUUCAGGACCAACUUCCGCCUUUGGAGCCACUUCCAGUCCCACAUGUCAACAGCUACUGAACCCGGAGCCAAAGAACUGGAAAGACAUCCGUCGCCUCUGUCGCCCUCCCCACCCCUGACCCCUCAAACCUCGGACCGUCCCUCACCGCAGGCUUCCGUGCUCAAAUCCACUCAGUCGGCACCGGCCGCGGCAGUGAUAGCUGAGGAAUCCAGCAGCCCGGAGCCCUGUGGCCCCGCAGCAAACAGGACAAAGAGGCCGGAAGUAGAACAGAGCAACCACAGUACUCUGUCGCGAUCAAACAGCAUGGAGAACCCAGGUGGCCCUCAUGAAUCAGACACACUCUUUUACCACGCACCGUCUCUGUCGGCCUUGACGUUUAAGAGGCAAUACAUGUGUAAACUCUGCCACAGAACCUUCAAGACGGCCUUCAGUCUGUGGAGCCACGAGCAGAGUCACAACCACAUGUAAGCAUCAGUCAGGCGACAGUCGUGCUUUUCUCCUAGAGACAACACUUACCAUUAGAAUGAACACACCUCAGCCUUCACCAAGAAGACUUUGAAUGUAUAGCUUAUGUGCUUGCCUCCAAUUAUAUAUUUUAAAGUGACCAUAUUUGGUAGAGGUGUAAACAAUGAAUGUGCAAUCAACUGCUAGAUUCCUAAUGUUUGAAGAAGAAAAAAAAGAUUAUUUCUUUCACAAUGAUCUAUAAGAGUAUAUUUGUUUUGAAACAUCUUUGAGCAGUCUGUUUGUAUUUACGUAAGUAGAUGUUUGAAAAAAACAAGGUACAGAGUUGCACCCCACUCAUGAGUUAAAGGUGCAGCCUCAAAAGCAACAAACGUAUACGUUGUACUCGCAUAGUGUGGAAAAGUACUUUAAAGUUUAAACAAGUAAAAGAGAAUGUUUUUGCAUUUUUACUAGAUCUUUAUCUUGCUGGGUUUGGCAACCUUGAGGAUGCUUUUGACUCUUUCAAACAUCGGUGGACGUGGUGAUUAAUUUAAUAUGCACUUUGUUGAACAGCUUGAUUCUGUUUUGGGAAGAUGUGGUCCCCAUUAUUUAGAUCAUUUAAUUUAUAUGCUGUAACUGACAUUUGCAAGUGUAUAAAUGAUAAGAAGUCUCCCACUGCUUUUCCAACAUUUAAUGUGGUGAUUGGAUAAGAAACUCAGUAUAACAACCAUUAAAGGAAGGCUUUAAUACAUACUGUACUGUCUUUGUUCAAUACUUAAAAUAUGACUUACUAAUCAUUGAUCUGCUAAAUAAUUUUCUGUUGUACAUCAAGAGUACAAGAGUUCAGUAAUAAAUCAUAAGAUUUACAAUGGAAAAUGUUCAUAAAAUCUCCAAGAAUUACUUAAAAACUGAUCAGGCUGCUGGUUUCACACUUGAGUAUUUGGCCAAACAUUACUUCUGAAUCACUGAAAUCUACAGCACCACUGUCAGGUAAACGUUCAUACAAGGAUGAAUGAUGAGGUUUUUGCAGCUGAACUUAAUAAUCUUGCUUCACAGUGCUUCAAUGGCCUUAUGCAACUUUUGAAUGAAUUUUUCUUUUUAGUGUCAUUUUACACAAGCACAACAGAGUUUCAGAGAACGUGCAACUCAGGCAUUUUGAGGUGGUUAGGAAAAGAGGAGGGAGCUUUGAGAAAGCAUUUUUUGUUGUUUUCUUUUUGUGAAAAGUGUUCCAGCUUCCUGGAGAUUAAAUACACAAGAUUGUGUUUUGAUUGUAUUCCAGUUGCUUUACAAUUGUAUUCUUGUACAAGUAUAUACUUCUGCUUUGGCUUGAUGGAUUAGAACUUUGUCAUAAAUUAUUGCGACAUCUACCGUUUGGUAGAAAGUCACAGUGCUCCACACAAACUAAAGGAGUAACACAAGCUGCAUUGUGAUGUUAACUUCUCAGAAAUUCUUUAUUGCUAAUAGUGCUCUUAAUUUCUCGUGAGAACAACUUUCUGAAAGUUUCACAUAAAUGAUUAGACUUGUGUACAUGGAAGUGUUUGUAUUAUCAAUUUUGUACCAAUUUUGUUAGUAAAAAGUUUUAUCUUUUUAGAAUUCCUGUGCUCUCACUGCAAUAAUGGUUAUUUGUAUGAACAUUGGUUGCAUUAAUGUUGCUUUUGGAGACUUGCAGAUGUUUUGUGUUUGUUUUUUACAGUUUUUUGUGCUUCAAUUAUGUAAUAAAGAGUAACAAUGAAUUGUGAAAAAUACGGCUGUGAGUGAUUUGAGGUGUGAUCAUUGCCACAAGUAAGAUGAUUCAAGCCCCAGUAAAAUAUUUAACAGAACCUUUGAUAGCUGUCACAUCUGAGAGUUAUUGCUUGUUACAGUGCCUGAUUCUAAUGGGGAUUAGUUCAAUAUACAUAGUUUAUUAUGAUAUGCCAAUAAAUGGAUAUAAUCUUACCAUUUGGUAGGCUAACAUUUGGCUUUUUGGUAAAAAGAUGAUGGUAACUAUUCAAAUAUAAUUAUCAACAAUUAUUAAGCUAAAUUUGGUAAACAUGAAUGAUUUCAGCU